AUGACUUGUGGAUCUUAUUGUGGAGGCUCUGUGAGAGCUUUCAGCUGUGCCUCAGCCUGUGGGCCCCGACCUGGCCGCUGCUGUGUCACUGCUGCUCCCUACCGAGGAGUGUCCUGCUACAGGGGACUGUCCGGCUUUGGCAGCCGCAGCUUCUGUGGAGGCUACAGGGCUGGCUCCUGCGGCCGUAGCUUUGGCUACCGCUCUGGCGGAGUGUGCGGACCCAGCCCCCCCUGCAUCACCACUGUGUCUGUCAACGAGAGUCUCCUGACCCCCCUCAACUUGGAAAUCGACCCCAAUGCUCAGUGUGUGAAGCACGAGGAGAAGGAACAGAUUAAGUGCCUGAACAGCAAAUUUGCUGCCUUCAUUGACAAGGUGCGAUUCCUAGAGCAGCAGAACAAGCUUCUGGAGACCAAGUGGCAAUUCUACCAGAACCGGAAAUGCUGUGAGAGCAACCUGGAGCCCCUGUUCCAGGGAUACAUUGAGACUCUGAAGCGGGAACUGGAGUGUGUGGAGGCUGACAGUGGCCGCCUGGCUUCUGAGCUCAACCACGUGCAAGAAGUGCUGGAGGGCUACAAGAAGAAGUAUGAGGAGGAGGUUUCCCUGAGAGCCACAGCUGAGAAUGAAUUUGUUGCUUUGAAGAAGGUGAUAGAUGUGGAUUGUGCCUACCUCCGCAAAUCUGACCUGGAGGCCAAUGUUGAGGCUCUGAUUGAGGAGAUCAACUUCCUGAGGGCCUUGUAUGAGGAGGAGAUCCGAGUCCUGCAGUCCCACAUCUCAGACACUUCCGUUGUUGUGAAGAUGGACAACAGCCGAGACCUCAACAUGGACUGUGUCAUUGCCGAGAUCAAGUCUCAGUAUGAUGACAUUGCCAGCCGCAGCCGGGCUGAGGCUGAGUCUUGGUACCGCAGCAAGUGUGAAGAGAUGAAGGCCACAGUGAUCCGCCAUGGGGAGACUCUACGCAGAACCAAGGAGGAGAUCAAUGAGCUGAACCGUAUGAUCCAGAGAUUGACUGCUGAGGUGGAGAAUGCCAAAUGCCAGAAUUCCAAGCUGGAGGCUGCUGUGACACAGUCUGAGCAGCAGGGUGAGGCUGCCCUCAAUGAUGCCCGCUGCAAGCUGGCCGGUCUGGAAGAAGCUCUGCAGAAGGCUAAGCAGGACAUGGCUUGUCUGCUGAAGGAGUACCAGGAAGUCAUGAACUCCAAGCUGGGUCUGGACAUCGAAAUUGCUACCUACAAACGCCUGUUGGAGGGCGAAGAGCAAAGGUUGUGUGAGGGUGUUGGUGCUGUGAAUGUCUGUGUCAGCAGCUCCCGCGGUGGCGUCGUCUGUGGCGAUCUCUGCACCAGCACCUCCGGUGCCCGUGUUGUCAGCAGCGGCAGUAGUGGCCCCUCUGGUGGCAGCGUGGUGGUCAGUGCACCCAAUGCCUGUGCCCCUUGUGGGGGUGGCAGUGGUGUCGGCACCGGCUGUAGCAUCCGCUCUUGUGGUACCAGCUGUUGUGGAGUCAAGAGGUGUUAGGAAGUCAGGAGGAAACAGAACUGAACUUCACCCCCAGAAAUGUCACUGCAACCUCACCACAUCCUUCACUGCUCUUGGACAGCAAUGUAUUCUUCAAUCCCAUCCUCUCUCCAUGGGCCCAGCCACAGUUUCAACAGAGCAUGAGAACUUGCACAUUUUAUGCCUCUAAAUGAAAUUUCCCAAGGACUUCCAUCUUCUUUUUCUUCUACUACCUGAUAUCAAACCAGACCUUAGUAGCUAUUGGAUGGCCUGAUCUUAAUACCCAAUCGGAUCUAGUUCUCUGAUGGGUGGAUGGCUCCCUUUUCUGAAUCUGUUGCUUAUAUACCAGGCAGUUAUUUCUUAGUAGUUAUCUCACUGUACUUCUUCUCCAACUGUCUGUCUAUCUUCUGCUGGAUUAUUUGGCUCUGGCGGGUCUGUUACAAUAGCAAAAUUAAGGUCUACAGAGGAUGGAGGAGAAACCCCAUCUGGGAGCAAAGGGUUUCUCAGUAGCUUUAGGUAAUGAUCCUUGGUUGUGCCAACAGUCACCCUGCCUAUGCUGUCAUUGUGGCUGCUGCCUCUGGAAGGGGAAGAUGAGAAACACUGCUGUAUUUUUGUUUUCAGUUGACUCUAUGGUAUUCACAUCCCAUCUAAUUUCCUUCCCCUGUCUAUAUCCCAAAGUUCCCAGAAAGCCAAUAAUUCAAUUUCUUGUAUGUUUGUCUUUGUUUCAUUCUGCCUCUCCAAUAAACUCAAUGUAGUGAAUCAA